GAAAUUACAAAUUUCAACAGAAACCCACAAAAAAACCAAAAAUGUAUCUUUUACCGAUUAAAAAUUCAAUUCAACUUAACCGCUAAGCCAUGCAACACUGUUCAGUAGCCAACAGCUGUGGCGCUGAACGUAAACAUAAAUACAGCUGUUAAAUGAAUGUUAUGUUCGAGAUCAAACUGUGACCGCACACGGUUUUUUAAGGAUGUUCCGUAAUAUUGUUAUCGGUGUAUCCGGUGGCGUUGACAGCGCCAUUUCUGCACUUUUACUCAAACAAAAAGGUUACAAUGUUAUAGGCUUAUUUAUGAAAAAUUGGGAUGAAUUUGAUGAAAUGGGUGCUUGUAGCGGUGAACAGGACUAUCGUGAUGCGGAAUUUACAUGCCAAAAGCUGGAUAUUGAACUGCAUAUGGUGAACUAUGUGAAGGAAUAUUGGAAUUCGGUGUUUAGGUGUAAACUUGGCUUUCCUUUACCGGUUUCGUUUUUUUUUAGAUUUUUUUUUUCUUAUAUUAGCGCGUUCCUGGAGGAUUAUCAAAAUGGACUCACACCGAAUCCGGAUAUACUUUGUAAUAAGUAUAUAAAAUUUGAUUUAUUUUAUAAAUAUGCAAGAGGACAUUUGCAUGGUGAUGCCAUUGCUACUGGACAUUAUGCUAAAACGAGUUUUGGAAAUUUUUUGGAGCACUACAAUGCAAAUGGUGACGUAAACUUACUCAUACCACGCGAUACGUUCAAGGAUCAGACAUUUUUUCUCUCCGGCAUACAACGUCAUACUCUAAGUCGCACCAUGUUUCCUUUGGGAGAUUCGUUGAAAAGCGAUGUGAAAUUGUUAGCACGCAAAUGUGGUUUGGAACGACUGGCGCACAAAAAGGAAAGUACAGGCAUUUGCUUUGUUGGUAAUCGUGAUUUCAAGCAAUUUAUAAAGGAGUAUAUACAACCGCGCCCCGGUAAUUUUGUAGAUAUUGAUAGUGGCCAUAUUGUAGGCACACAUGGGGGCAUUCACGAAUGGACUAUUGGACAACGUUGCCGCUUAGCUUCCUAUUUGCGUCCGUAUUUUGUGGCAAAAAAAGAUGUUGCCAACAACACAAUAUAUGUAGCAUCCGGUCAUGAGCAUCCAAGUUUGUAUAGUGAUAUCAUAAAUGCGAGCGCACCCAAUUGGCUAUGCAAUGAUCCGCUGGGAGCAGGUACAAGCGAGCUACGCUGCCGCUUUCGUUUUCAACAUACAAAACCUCUAGUGGAUUGUACGGUUAAAAGGACCAAAGGAAAUACUUCAGGUGUAGUUAUAACUUUGGAUAAGCCGCUAAGGGCGCUUACACCCGGUCAAUAUGCUGUCUUUUAUAGUGGCUCGGCGUGUUUAGGCUCGGCGCGUAUCAUCAGUGCUAGUGCGAAGGUAGCAGAAAGUGAAAACAAACUUGCGAGAGUGGGGGUGGAGGAAAGAGUGAGAAGUAUGAAGCAAAGAUGACUGUCGAAUUAUUUUUGCCAUUUUU